GGCGCGCGUGAACAAUGGCCAAUGUUCUAUAUUCGUCUGUCGCUCGCGCUGCUGGCUCAAGAUUCAACACCAAAACAGCACCGCGACCGGUUGACUGAUUGCGACCCUGGUAAGCGUUGUUGCGUGAUGGCCCCAAGCCACCUUGUCCUUGUGUUAACGUUGAUCGUGGUCCUCGCUGGACCACUGCUAAGUGCCAAACUGGAGCUACCCUGGAUCGGGCAUCCAACAGCAGCCGCAGCAAUGGAAGGUUCCGAAUGGAUCGCCAUUCCGACGGCUGGCGGUGAUUGGGUUUGGACACAUCGGAAGGCCAUCAGCAUGGUACACCGGAAGUCGACGCACGAGGUGAGCGAUAUCGCGUUCCUGCUGUACACCGCACAGGACAUCGGUGACACCGGUUACCGGUUGGAUCCAACGGACGCAGCCGAAUCGAUCGCCACGUCCAACUUUGUUGCCAAUCGGCCAACGCGAGUGAUCGUCCAUGGCUGGUUAAACAGUGCGGAUUCACCGGUCGCUCGGACCAUUCGUGAAUCAUAUUUGCUGCAGUGGAACUACAAUGUGAUCGUGGUGGAUUGGUCGGUCUGUGCGAUGGCUUGGAACUAUGCCAAGGCGGUCGGUUGCGUACCGAUGGUCGGGAAGGCUCUCGGGGCGCUGUUGGAUGAGCUGCAACGGAGUGGCGGUGUGCUGCUGGAGGAUGUGUAUCUCAUCGGGCACAGUCUCGGUGCGCACGUGGCCGGCAUCGCAGGGAAGACCGUUACGACCGGUCAGAUCCACACGAUCUUUGCCCUCGAUCCGGCACUGCCACUGUUUUCGAUUCAUGCACCGGAAAAUCGGAUCGGUGUGAGGGAUGCAAUGUACGUCGAGGUGAUCCAUACGAACGCGGGGCUACUAGGCUUUCAGCAUCCGAUAGGGACGGCCGAUUUCUAUCCGAACGGUGGCUCUCAUCAACCGGGCUGUGGUCUCAAUAUUGCCGGGCUUUGUUCACAUUCUCGCGCCUGGGAACUGUUCGUUGAGACGCUGCUCGAACCGGAAGAGAAGCUGCUGGCCAGUCGGGUCGAUACGCUGGAUGAUGUGCAACGUCCUGCCGGGUUGCAAGGUGUCGCAGGGGAUGCUGCUGCGAACGAGAGGGUCAAAAUCGGUGGAGAACCUUCGAGCGCAGGCAAUGCUCGGGGACUGUACCGCAUCACUACCCGCGAUCGGAGCCCAUUUUUUGCGUGA